UUAUUUUUAUGAUGCCAAAAUGUAAAACGACCGCGUUGACUAGGUCUCAACAGCUGGACCAAAUGACUAGGAAAAACGGUUACAAACCGACAAUGUACGAGGCCCACGGCGUGUACAGGGGACACUGGAAAAAUGACAUGAAAAACGGCAAAGGAACCAUGAUCUACAACAACAGCACCGUGUACGUAGGGGAUUGGCGGGACAACAAAAGACACGGCGUGGGAGUGCUGACGAAACGGUUAAGUGAUUGCGAUGUAAUGAUCUACGAGGGAGAAUGGUUUAACAAUCAAUUCAUUAAAGGUCGGUGGUAUGGCAAAAAUGGAAUUUACGAAGGAGAGUACAUGCCAGGGACAAAAUUAAAAUGUGGUUACGGGACAAUGAGAUGGAACGAUGGGUCUGUGUACAGCGGAUUUUGGAGUAAUAAUAAAUACCACGGGAAAGGACUGUUGGUGGAAGCUAAUGGAAACUACUAUGAUGGAUAUUGGAACUACGGGUUGAAACACGGAAAAGGGAUUUACAUGUAUAGGAACAGAGGACAAAAAAUGGACGGUGUUUGGGUUGACGGAGUGCCCAAAGUCAGCACAAUAAUAGAUUUUCAAAGACAAAACGCUCUUAUAUUGCCGACCAUUUACCCAAUACCUAAGAUAUCCUCUUGUGACUUGGAAGUUCUAGAUAAUAUGUAUAAAACCGUACAAUCCAAUGUUCUUGAUCUACUGUAAGAAGACUUUCUUGUUCAUCGUUACAGUAUAAAGCUAUAA